AUGGAGCCUCAAGUAUCAUAUACGGGGUCAACAUCCACGGUCUUGCCAUUGCUGGCGAGACCGAAAGGAGCCAAACUUUUCUCAGCAAAGGCUUUUGACAAUUUCCGAAGUGGUCCUACUGGCGAUUUCCACCCUGCGCUGGGCGAGGGUGGGAGGGUUUUCGACGCCAAGGCUGCGGCAUACAAUACAGCAAAUACACAUUUGGUCAGAAGACUGAAAGGUCGACAUCUUCAAAUGAUAGCAAUUGGUGGCUCAAUAGGAACUGGACUGUUCGUCGGAUCAGGUCAGGCGCUAGCUACCGGAGGACCUGGGUCUCUUCUUCUGGGAUUCAUCAUCAUCGGAAGUGUGCUUUUUUGUACAGUACAGGCUCUUGGUGAAAUGACUGUGACGUUUCCGGUUGCUGGUUCCUUUAAUGCUUACGCUACUCGGUUUAUUGAUCCCGCAUGGGGCUUUGCGAGCGGCUGGAACUAUGCUAUGCAAUGGCUCAUUCUAAUGCCGUUGGAGAUUAUGGCAGCAUCCCUCACGCUUGAAUACUGGUCUCUGCCUAUACCUGGAUGGGCAAGUAUCUCAGUCUUCCUAGGAAUCAUCAUCUUCAUCAAUCUCUGUGGUGUCAAGGUUUAUGGUGAAGUCGAAUAUUGUUUUUCUAUUAUGAAAGUCACUGCUGUGAUUGGAUUCAUCAUUCUGGGUGUUGUAAUUAACUGUGGCGGAGGACCAGGCUCAGGCUAUAUUGGAGGUAAAUAUUGGGAUGAUCCAGGAGCUUUCAACCAUGGAUUCAAAGGCUUCUGCAACAUCCUCGUCACGGCAGCAUUCUCUUUUGGUGGAACCGAGCUCGUUGGUCUCGCUGCAGCAGAGACCCAUAAUCCUAGCCGGGCGCUCCCUACGGCCAUCAAGCAAGUCUUCUGGCGUAUCGCAAUCUUCUAUGUAAUCUCGAUUGCGGUGGUCGGUCUCAUUGUACCUUACACCAGUUCACAAUUGAUCAGCCGAAAUAGCGUCGACUCCAAAGCCUCACCAUUCAUCAUCGCCAUCAAAGAUGCCGGCAUUCAAGGGCUGGACUCUGUCAUGAACGCUGUGGUAAUGAUGGCCGUCCUCUCUGUUGCCAACUCCUCCAUGUACGGCGCAACGAGAACCCUUGCAGCACUGGCCGAGCAAGGCCAAGCCCCAAGAAUAUUGGCCUAUGUCGACCGCAAAGGCAGACCUCUUGUCUCAAUCGGCCUUGCGUCACUCGUUGGCCUGUUAGCCUACCUCUACGUUUCUCCCAUCAAAGGCCCAGCGUUUACCUGGCUCCUCGCUCUCUCGGGUUUGUCGAGCAUCUUCACCUGGGGCAGCAUUUGUUUCGCACACAUCCAGUUCCGCAAAGCUUGGUUGCAGCAAGGGAAUACACUUUCAGAUCUCAUUUAUAAAUCGCCCAUUGGGUCCGCUGGCUCUUGGAUAGGUCUGAUUUCUCUUACACUCAUCCUCGUCGCUCAGAUCUGGGUCGCUAUUUCACCCUCAGGAGGCACGCAGGAUACCGUGGGAGGGCAGGUUGCGGAUUUCUUCGAGGCUUGUCUGGCGAUGCCAGUGGUGAUUUUGAGCUACGUGUUCUAUAAGAUAUGGUAUCGGACGAAAUGGGUAAGGAUUCGGGAUGUGGAUUUGAAGACUGGACGGAAUGAUUGUGAGAGUGACUUUAUUCGGCAACGGUGGAAGGAAGACAGGAGUUUGUGGCCGAGGUGGAAAGUGAUCUAUAAAACACUUUGCUGA